GGCCCUUUUUGCCACUGAUGUCGCGUACAAUCCGAGUCCGUGCGAGCACUGUUCCCCGGGUAUAAAUACCCUCCCAGUCUUCUCUUCCUCAAUGAAACCGAUCAAAGCCCCUGCCUCAGGGUAUGUCGCCCCCCUUGUUCUGCCGCCACUCAGCGCGGCACCGUACCUUCUCCUUGUCGUUUAUGCAGCCUCCUCUGUGCUCGUUGCCACUCCUCCUAACCAUUAUUUGUGAUGCUUCAACCACCUUUCGCUAUUGCGCACAUCGAAGGCCCUCAUCACACAGAGCCGGCGAUCCGUUGUUCCUGCUACGUCCCCUGCACAUCGCUGGUACAAGCGUAAUGAUGAACACUGUCAAGCGGUUCCUCCACGGAACAUACGUCCCACUUCGCCACGAGCAUCAAUACAUUGACUUGGAGCGGCGUGGUCAGUCCCCUACCGCCGAAGGCGCUUUAGGACCGACGUCCUACGCGCACAGAUCCGUACGGCAUCUGGGCCUCCCCGUGACGGGGAAUUUCCACGCUUCGAGGGCGACGUUGGCGAUAGCGCGAGAUUGGUCCAGCAUGGUCGCCAGCCAUGGUCGGCAAGCUUGCUCACAUCGCGAUGCGGCGACGAUUGUCGUGCAACUAUUUGCAAAGGCCCCAAUCUCGUCGGUGCCAAAUGUUUCGACUACUGCACAACGCAACUAGCUUGCAGUAUACGCAGGAUCCCAUCGCCAACUCUGACUUCUCCGGCCGGUGUGCAACUGCCUAAAGUACACACGCACACCGGUUCCGCGUACGUAAGCACCCUGCAGCUCGUAACAACGUGCCCAGGACUACUAACGAUGCAACAUCC